ACAAAGAAGAAUCACCAAUGGAGUAAUCAACUGUUGAAGGCACUCAUGAAAAACGCUUAUGAGGCAUUCACUGGAACUGGCGGAGAUCGACCUACUGAUGAUGAUUGGAAAGGUGACUUGAAGGAAAUAAAUGAUGUUUUUACACAAGGGCAGAACGGGCUGAAAGAUAAACAAUCUAACAACCAAAAAACAGAGAUGGCUUCCGAUAAUGAAAAGGAGUCGUCAUCAAAGAAGAAAACCGAAGCCCAUGAACAUGAUGAUGAUGACGACGAAAAAAUGACACCGUUCUUAGUGGCAGCAAAGUAUGGCAUAGUUGAAUUGGUGGAAGAGAUUCAAUCGAGGAUACCAAGUGCCAUCUACAACACCAGCUUAAAGAAGCGAAACGUGUUGCUGGUGGCAGUGAUAAAUAAGCAACCCCUUGUUAUUGAGAAAUUGAAGAACAUACUAUCGACUUCGAAACCAAAAGUUUGGGAGAACAUGGUGCUGGCAACAGAUUGUGAGGAGAACACAAUGUUGCAUUUGGCGGCAAAACAGCCUCUUGGCAAGGACAAGCCUUGGGGCAUAGCUGGCUCUGCUUUGCAAAUGAUGUGGGAAAUCAAGUGGUUUAAGUAUAUUAAUGAGAUUGUGCCGGAACACUUUUACUUCAGAAAUAACAAUGAAAAAAAAACCGCCGGAGAGAUCUUUGCCGAAGACCACAAAGAUCUCAUCAAAGAUAGCAGCGAGUGGCUGAAGGACACAUCGGAAUCUUUCUCCGUGGUGGCAGCGCUCAUUGCCGGUGUGUCCUUCGCUACAAGCAGCUCAGUGCCAGGAGGCAACGGCGACAACGGCCAGGCACCACUAGCCGGUCGACCGGCAUUCGAUACAUUUGCCAUCGCCUCCCUCAUUGGACUUUGCUUCUCCGUGACGGGACUGAUAAUGUUCCUGGCCAUCCUGACAUCUCGGAAAGAAGCCAGCGAUUUUCGUCGGAGUUUGCCGUGGAGUUGGGUUGAGCUCACUCUUUGUGUCUAUCAUAGCAAUGUUUGUUGCAUUUUACUCGGGCCAUUACUUUCUCAUCCAACACAAGUUCAGGACAUUGUUGUUUCCUCUCUAUACAGCCACUUCUUUUCCGGUGGCUUUCUUUGCCGUGGCGCAGUUUCCACUCUACGUUGAUCUUUUGAUAGCCAUAGUCAAGGAGGUGCCACGCCCAAAUUAUAAAAGUAGUAAUCUGAU